AAAAAAAAAAAAAAAAAAAAAAAAAAAAAAAAAAAAAAAAAAAAAAAAAAAAAAAAAAAAAAAAAAAAAAAAAAAAAAAAAAAAAAAAAAAAAAAAAAAAAAAAAAAAAAAAAAAAAAAAAAAAAAAAAAAAAAAAAAAAAAAAAAAAAAAAAAAAAAAAAAAAAAAAAAAAAAAAAAAAAAAAAAAAAAAAAAAAAAAAAAAAAAAAAAAAAAAAAAAAAAAAAAAAAAAAAAAAAAAAAAAAAAAAAAAAAAAAAAAAAAAAAAAAAAAAAAAAAAAAAAAAAAAAAAAAAAAAAAAAAAAAAAAAAAAAAAAAAAAAAAAAAAAAAAAAAAAAAAAAAAAAAAAAAAAAAAAAAAAAAAAAAAAAAAAAAAAAAAAAAAAAAAAAAAAAAAAAAAAAAAAAAAAAAAAAAAAAAAAAAAAAAAAAAAAAAAAAAAAAAAAAAAAAAAAAAAAAAAAAAAAAAAAAAAAAAAAAAAAAAAAAAAAAAAAAAAAAAAAAAAAAAAAAAAAAAAAAAAAAAAAAAAAAAAAAAAAAAAAAAAAAAAAAAAAAAAAAAAAAAAAAAAAAAAAAAAAAAAAAAAAAAAAAAAA